GGGCGGGGUGAGGUGCGCGCGGACUUCUGGGAAAGCCCAGGAAGGCGGGGCAGGCGUGAAUCCCUGCAGGGCUGAUUUGGCUGCGGCGCGGGCGGUAACGGCCUGGUCAGACCAUCAUGACUUCAACAAAUAAAGCUGUUGAGUUACAACUACAAGUGAAGCAAAAUGCCGAAGAAUUACAAGAUUUUAUGAGGGAUUUAGAAAACUGGGAAAAAGACAUUAAAGAAAAGGAUAUGGAACUAAGAAGACAGAAUGGUGUUCCUGAAGAGAAUUUACCCCCUAUUAGGAAUGGGAAUUUUAGGAAAAAGAAGAAAGGCAGAGCUAAGGAAUCUUCUAAAAAAACCAAAGAGGAAAACACAAAAAACAGAAUAAAAUCUUAUGAUUAUGAUGCAUGGGCAAAACUUGAUGUGGACAGUAUCCUUGAUGAGCUUGACAAAGAAGAUAGUACACAUGAUUCUGUGUCUCCAGAAUCAGAGUCAGAAGAAGAUGGGAUUCACGUAGAUUCUCAGAAGGCUCUUGCUCUAAAAGAAAAGGGCAAUAAAUACUUCAAACAAGGCAAGUAUGAUGAAGCUAUUGAGUGCUACACAAAAGGCAUGGAUGCUGACCCAUAUAAUCCUGUGUUGCCAACAAACAGAGCGUCAGCCUACUUUAGAUUGAAAAAAUUUGCUGUUGCUGAGUCUGAUUGUAAUUUAGCAAUUGCUUUGAAUAGGAGUUAUACAAAAGCUUAUGCCCGACGAGGUGCUGCUCGAUUUGCUUUGCAAAAAUUACAGGAUGCCAAGAAAGAUUAUGAAAAAGUAUUAGAACUAGAACCUAAUAACUUUGAAGCAACAAAUGAACUCAGGAAAAUUAAUCAGGCUAUAACAUCCCAAGAAAACUCAUAUGCACAGGAAGCUGACAUAGUGAUUAAGGCAACUGAAGGAGAGAAAAAACAAACCGAAGAACUACAGAAUAAGCAGCAGGCCAUUACAGAGAAAGAUCUGGGUAAUGCGUUUUUCAAAGAGGGGAAGUAUGAAAGAGCAAUUGAAUGCUAUACUCGAGGCAUAGCAGCAGAUGGCGCAAAUGCCCUUCUUCCAGCUAACAGAGCCAUGGCCUAUCUGAAGAUUCAGAAAUAUGAAGAAGCUGAAAAUGACUGCACUCAAGCUAUUUUAUUAGAUGGCUCAUAUUCUAAAGCUUUUGCCAGAAGAGGAACUGCAAGAACAUUUCUGGGAAAGCUAAAUGAGGCCAAACAAGAUUUCGAAACUGUUUUACUACUGGAACCUGGAAAUAAGCAAGCAGUAACUGAACUUUCUAAAAUUAAAAAGGAAUUAAUUGAGAAAGGACACUGGGAUGACGUCUUUCUUGAUUCCACCCAAAGACAAAAUGUGGUAAAACCCAUUGAUCAUUCAGCCCAUCUUGGAUCAAGUAAACCACUCAAGAAGGUUAUUAUUGAAGAAACUGGUAAUUUGAUACAGACUAUUGAUGUACCAGAUAGCACUACUGCUGCUGCUCCAGAGAGUAACCCUAUUAAUCUAGCAAAUGUAAUAACAGCCACAAGCACCACAAGUAAGAAGAAUUCAAGCCAAGAUGACCCUUUGCGCACAAGUGAUACUCCAAGAGCAAAAGUAUCAAAAAUAGAAGAAAUCAGUGAUACUUCAGCUCUGCCACCUCAAGUCAGUUUGAAACCAGCCGUGUGUCAGUCUUUGAGGGAGAAGAUUUCUAUAGAGGUAGAACAGACACCUGCCCAGUUUGUCACAACUCUUCCUCCAAUUCCUGCAAACUCAUUUCAGCUUGAAUCCGAUCUCCGACAACUGAAAGGUUCUCCAGAUAUGUUGUAUCAGUAUUUAAAGCAAAUUGAACCAUCCUUAUAUCCUAAGUUGACAAAUCUAGAUCCAGAUGUAUUCAAUCAAAUAAUUAAAAUUCUGCAUGACUUUUACAUUGAGAGAGAAAAGCCAUCACUCAUCUUUGAAAUUUUACAAAGACUUUCUGAACUAAAAAGGUUUGAUAUGGCAGUGAUGUUUAUGUCAGAACCCGAGAAAAAGCUUGUACAUGCAUUAUUCAGUCACAUAGAAAAAUCAGGAUUGAAGGAUAAUUCUGUUGAACAGCUCAAGAGAAGAUAUGGUGGUUGAUUUCCAUUUUUCCUAAAAUUAUUAUUUUUAACUUACAUAUGUGAAUUUUUUUACUGAAAAUGAAUGUUUUGUUUUCCUUUUUAAGAAAAUAAAAUCAUACAACAAAGGACUAUCUUUGGACAUAAGCUAAUUAACUAUAAAGUGAAUUGUGAUUUAACUAGGGACAAAUAUAUUGAACUAUUUAUAAGUAUGUUUCUGCAAAUAAAAAUAUAAGCAAUGAGA